AUGUCGGCACGGAAGAAGGUUUUAUUGAAGGUGAUUAUCCUCGGUGACAGCGGCGUCGGAAAAACAAGUUUGAUGAACCAAUAUGUCAACAAGAAAUUCAGUGGAAGCUACAAGGCGACGAUCGGAGCCGAUUUCCUGACCAAGGAGGUCCUAGUAGAUGAUCGACUGGUUACGAUGCAGAUCUGGGAUACUGCGGGCCAAGAACGAUUUCAGUCAUUGGGAGUUGCAUUCUAUCGCGGAGCCGACUGCUGUGUCCUGGUUUAUGAUGUCAACAACUCCAAGAGUUUCGAGGCUCUCGACAGCUGGCGGGACGAGUUUCUCAUUCAGGCGAGCCCUCGGGAUCCUGAGAACUUUCCAUUCGUGGUGAUUGGCAACAAGAUCGAUGUCGAAGAGAACAAGCGCAUGAUAUCGUCGAAGCGCGCAAUGACGUUUUGCCAAUCCAAGGGCAACAUCCCUUAUUUCGAAACGAGUGCCAAGGAGGCCGUCAACGUGGAACAGGCAUUUGAAGUCAUCGCUCGGAGUGCUCUCGCGCAGGAAGAAGCGGAGGAAUUCAGCGGUGAAUUCAGCGAUCCGAUCAAUAUCCAUCUCGACGGUGAUCGGGAUGGAUGCGCCUGUUGA